UUUCUUAAAAUUAAAUAUAGAAAAGUUAAAAGAAUGAUAACAGUAUUUUUUAAAAAAUGUCGUUCUUCUUUAUAUAAAAAAACAUACUACUCCGCCUUAAUCUAUAUUUUAUUAAGAAUUUCAGAAUUUCAUAGUAUAAAUAUAAGAUGGAAACAAUCGCAUACAGCAAUUCAUCGUAAAAAACAAAAUAUUGAGAAACAAAAGAGAUUGAAAGAAGAACGCUCUUCUAAGAUAUGUAGUUCGACUAUUGGUUUUCCUACAGAAUUUACACGCUCUAUUUUGUACCCACAUCAUUUUUUUUCGUCAGAAGCAAUUUCUGGUAUUAAUCAAGCAAAUUUUUUCUUUUCAGAUACAGAAUUAAAUAAGCUUUUUAAAUUGUCUAAGGAGGCUAGCCUUCGUCGUGUUGGUCUUUCAUCCUCAGUUAUUAAUAAAAGUUGUUUAGAAGAAUUAAAAAAAAAAGCAUCUGAAUAUAUUGAGAUUGAUGAAAAUACAGAAAAUAUUGAAGCACUGUUAGAAAUUUUAUCUAAGAAUGGGAAGAUUAAAGAAUUUUUUGAUUUGGAAAAGGAAAAAAAUGAAGAAAGUAUCAUUGUUAAACUAGUAUCCAUUUGUAAAACUCAAAAAAUAUUUGAGCAAGAGAAAAAAAAAGAAGAUGUAAUGAGACGACUUAUGGAUUUAAAGAAUAGCAAUAGUAAGGCAAUACAGCUUCUAAAUAUUACUAUGGCUAUUCAGAAAUUUAGACAACACGAAUUAGAUACGGGAUCACCUGAAGUGCAAGCUGCAGUAUUUACUGUUCGAAUUCACUAUAUAAAUUUUCAUCUCUCGUUUCAUUAUAAAGAUAAAAACAGUCUUAAAUCUUUAAGACAUUUAGUGCACAAGCGUCAAGCAAUUCUUAAAUAUUUACGUAGAAAAGAUUAUGACAGAUAUUUUUCUUGUAUUAAAAAACUUGGUCUAACUGAUAAUGCAGUAUUAAAUGAAAUUACGAUAUAA